GCUGUUCCUGUUCGUGUUGUGGAGAGAGUUUACACACGAGCUGUAAAGCAAAGUGGAUUCUGCUUCACUUCAACGCCCGCGUUUUUACGUCAGUAUGAGAUAGUUCUUGUUUUUAACUCAGCGGAGCAGCGAGCAUUGGAUUUUUACCCCCAGGAGCGCCAACAUCAAAGGUCAUCGCCAUGAACAACUUACUAACAUCGGUGAGAUCUCUCAUGCAAAUGUUCGAUGGCAAAAAACAGGAAUUUAUUAAUGACAUUGACAAUGUCCACGUGGUUUGGCUUGAGGAGAUCCAACAAGAAGCCAAGCAAAUGUUUUCAAGAGAUUUUAAUGCUGAACCAGAAUUGAUGCCCAAAACACCAUCACAGAAAAAGAACAGUCGCAGGAAGCGUGUAUCUUUGGGACGCCAGGAAGAAAAUCAAGCUAAGCGAAGGUUUUCAAAGGGAAAACGCAGUAACCUCCGUGGCUCCUCUGUAAAAUCCCUGAACUUCAUUGUUGAAGAAGAAUCCAGACCCGAACCUUCCACCUCUGAAGCCAGCACCUCCGCACAACCUAAACGUGCCACCCGCAAAAACAAACAGAGUAAGCCAGAGGUGGCAGAGGAUGUGAGCCAUUCACCCAGUGGAAGUGACAAAACAGAAGAGGUGCAGAACAAGAAGCCAGAGUUGUUAGGGGAGGAAGAUGUAGAGAUAAACAAACAAUGGGGAAACAAUGCGGAGGUGGAGCCUGAUGACAUGUGUAGCAUCGCCCAGUCUCCACCAAAGAUGUCCUUACCUGAGGUUGUGGUCAACAUCUCCUCAGCCGAGCGCUUGUCUGCUGAGCUCGCUAAAAAGACAGAGCCUUCACCCGGCCGUUCAGCUGCUAAGAUUGCAAUAGCUGGAGCUGCUCAGAGCUCACGCCGGAGCUCGGUGCGGUGCUCUCUUAAGCUACGUCACUCGCUGGCUGGUAUGCGGCACAGUUUGACGCAGGAGUCUAUUCGCCGUGCAUCUCGCCGCUCUAUGCUUAAGAGGAAGACUUCUACUCAACAGGGCAGCUCCACAUGUAGCAGCGAAAUUAGUGAGGACUCUUGCAUGGACUCUGGUGAAGAAGAGGAUAAGGAGGCUGUGUGGGAGGCUGUACCUGCAGACACAUUGGACAAUGCCGCAGCAGAGGGAGCUAAGGAAGCUCCUCAGGCUAACCAGAGCUUACAUCCAUCUGUUGCACGUAUUACUCGUUCUGUGGCUGCACAAUCUCCCACUCUGGCGCCCCCAGCAUUAUUCACCUCUGAGCACAAAGUGAGCACCCCUGAAAAGAGGACAGUUUUUGCUGAGAAACACCAGACCCCCCAGUCAGGCCGAAGGUCACGUUUGAGUAUAAAACGUAAAGCACCAGAUACUGUGGAGGAAAGUCCAACAAAGAGGUUUUCUCCCCCAAAGAAAAGUCAGAGUGCAGUGAGGCCCAACAUGAGAUCUUUUCUCCACACUGUGCAGAAGAAUCAGAUGCUGAUGAUGACUCCAAAUUCCCUUGGCCGCACUGCUGCUAUCAAGUCCUUCAUCAAACACACCACUCCAAUGAGGGCUGACCCCAAGUUGAGUGUUGGUUUAGUGGCAAAAGAACGUCUAAAACUGGAAGCACUUAAAAAGAAGCAGGAGCAAGAGGAGGAGAGGAUGAAAAAAAUGGAGGAGGAUAAGAGAAGGAAACUGGAUGAACUUAAAAGGAAGAGGGAUGAGAGGCUGAGGAGGGUGUUUGAGGCCAAAGUCAAAGAAGAGCAGAGGGAUGAAGAAAAGAAAAAGAAAUUUGAGCAGAAAAUGGCUCAAAUUGAUGAAAUGAAAAAUGAUAAGCGCGUGGCAGAUGAGAAGGCCAAGAAGAAGGUGGUCCUGAAACGACAAGAGGAAAUGGAGCAGAAGAAGAAGUUGGAGGAAGAGGCUCGGAAGAAGAAGAUUCAACAAGCAGAGGAAGAGAAGCGGCAGCAGGAGCUGGUCAAAAAGAAGGCAGAGGAGGAGGAACAGCGAGUUCGUAAACUGGCUGAAGCUCGCAAAGCACUGGAGCUGAAGAGGGAACAGGAGCGAGAGAGAGAGCUGGAGAGAGAACGACAAGCUGCUGCUGAAAGGGAGCGAGUGGAAAAAGAAAAGGCUCUCGCUCUGCAGCGUGAACUGGAGAGAGCAGUGAGAGAGAAGGAGAGGAGAGAACUGGAAGAGAAAAGGAAGGCUCUUGAGGAAAAAAGAAAAAGGGAGGAGGAGCAGAGAUUGGCUGCAGAGCAGAAAGCUGCUAAAGAGAGAGAAGCUGCCAAACAGAGGGAGGCUGCUGCUAAACAGGCUGCUAAAGCACAGGCUACUGCUGCCCUAAAUGUGACUGUGGAUAUCGAGAACUCUGUAAUGAAAACACCGGUGGGAAAGGGUGGUGGCCUCAAUGUGACCGUGGAUAUUGAGAAAUCACCCCAGUCGUACGCCAUCACUCCAAAGGGCGGCAACAAACCUCUGACAUUGUCCAAAACCGCUGAGGAUUAUGGGAUGGACCAAAACAGUGACGACUCUACCGAUGAUGAGUCUGCCCCGAGGAAACCUAUUCCGUCCUGGGCUGAGGGUCCCAACCUGCAGCAGAUCAUCAUGAAGCAGUACUUCAACCCUCCUGACAUAGAAUCUUUCUUUGGGAAAAUUGAACCACCGAAACUGGAAAACAUCUUUUACAAGAGCAAGCCUCGUUAUUUUAAACGCACCAGCUCUGCCGUGUGGCACUCUCCUCCCGUUAAGGAGUAAAAUCUGUACACUAAUACAGAUCUACACUGCUGUAUAAAGUUAGAUUAUUUUUUUCCUAAGUCUCUUUCCAAUAAAGUAAUGUGUUUUUUUUUCUC